AUGGGGCUCACUAGAGGUGUCCGCACUGGCACGCCAUUUGGCUCUUUCCAGAGCUGCACACUUGCGAGCGGCCAAUCGGCUGGAAGGAUCUCCGCGACGCAAGUGACCCCGGGAUCAUGGCGCCGCGCAGGUCACUUGCGGCUCGAAAGGCCCUCACAACAGCGACACGACUCCCUCAUGGCAGCUCGAUGCUACGGCGCUGGGUGUCGAAUGAUGUCGAGCAGUACAGCUGCGCAUGGACUGGAAAGGUUGCCGGACAAGGUUCAGGUACGAACCGGCCCGAUUGGCAGGUAAGCAAGACGCAGAACAAGGUCUCUACCAGAGGCAAAGAAAAAUGAGCUUGAUAGUCUCUAACGAAGUCUGACGUAUAGGUUGUCGAAGGUCCUCGAGCCUAGAACGUCGGAUCAUAUCACUACGCGGGUGGGAAGCUCUUUUGGGUAAGUCAAUGCAUCGGAAAGGAUGUUGGCCACAUCGCUCGCCUGCUGAUUGCUGCAUUUUCUGGCUGUGAAAGAGGCAAUCAUUCUCUGGAAUGGAUGCAUUCGCCUCGCAACGUUUUACUGGUCGUGAAACGAGGAGACCAAGCUGCCAAUGCUGCUGCAUCGAAGAUAGCACAGUAGGUCUCACCGCUUAUAAAGCCCUUUCAGUGUGCUUGCUGAUGUCCCCAGCCCACCGCAUCAAAGAUACUUGAAAGCUCUUCAUCCAGAAAGCAACUUGAUAGUUGAAGAUGCAGACGUGUUCGCCCAGAUGCAAAAUCGCUUCCCAAAGCUGCUCUCCUUUUCUCCUGGUGAGCCUCCACGAAUAGCGUUUCACGAGGGUCAGCCGCAAUGCUCUUGAUUGACAUCUUACGCAGCCGAAAAGCCCUUGCUGGCUCGGAAGGUUGAUUUCAUCGUCACUCUUGGUGGGGAUGGGACCAUACUACAUGCAUCAUCGCUUUUUGACGACGCUCCUGUGCCUCCCGUGCUUUCCUUCUCAAUGGGGACACUGGGCUUCCUUUUACCUUUUCGUAUGUUUACCGCACUCUGUCUCCGUUAGCUGCCAAGAUCACUCCUCACACUUGCACCCCACUCGCUACUCCGCAGAUAUCGGUGCGUUCGAGCACGCUCUGCAAGAGCUAAUUUCGGGAAAGGCUUCGCUCUUGCUGCGGAUGCGACUGCAGAUGAGCGUGCAUGGACCCGAUGGGCAAGAGCUUCCAAGACGAUCACAUAAGCAGCAAGGUGCGUGAUUCUUUUGUCAACCCCACGCACUCAUGCACAUCGGUGUUGAAGCGCUAGAAUCGCACAUUUGAAACGACAGUCCACCUCAUGAAUGAAGUGGCGCUACACAGAGGUAGAGAACCUCACUUGACGAUGAUCGACGCCUUCGUCGACGGACGACACUUGACACAAGCAAUCGUAGGUUUACUCAUGGGGUCUCUGGACGAAUGCUGCACCGAGUUGCUGAUUUUCGCUUAACGGACCGCCGCUUGGCCACAGUCGGAUGGUCUUAUCAUUGCUACCCCGACCGGCAGCACUGCUUAUUCGCUAUCAGCGGGUGGUCCCAUUGUACACCCAUCAGCACAAAGCCUGGUGCUCACGCCUAUCUGCCCUCGCUCGUUGAGCUUCCGUUCGGUGAUCUUGCCGAGUGACUCCACCGUGCAAUUAAAGGUGAGCUUGCGCCGUGGAAGGUGCUCAUGACGUUACUCUGCAAGCUUAGCAGCUGUGUUGUGCUAUGUUGGGCUAUCCGCGCAUUUGUUUCUGCCUACAGAUAUCGAAGACCUCGCGUUCGCCCGCUGAGCUCACAGUAGAUGGCCAAGACCUUGGUGUGCUUUCUCCGGGCGAGUAUUUGCAAGUCGCCAUGUCGCCGUACCCAAUACCUUGCGUCAACAGGUCCAGCGCCACGUUGGGUCCGCACGCCGCGGCGCGCUCAAAGGAGCCGACGCUUCUGGACGAUGCAACAGAGUCCAAUGGAGCUCGGAGAGCGCAGCAAGAGCACCGACCUCUCAGCUCAGCUAGUCACAGCGAGCGCGAAGACGAUGAUUGGGUUAGAGACAUCAACACUCUGCUCAAGUUCAAUGCGUCCUUCGGCAAAGGCGCGUUAGAAAACCCUCUGGAUGACACUGCUGGUGCAGCAAUGAGCAAAUGA